UUGCCAUUCCGUCAUGGUUUUUGAAUGUGGCGUCCGUCUUUUUGGGAGCAUUGGACCAUGGAUUUGGAUGAAGACGACUUGCUCAACUGGGACACAACGCAGCAUGACUUCCCCAACGUGCUGUGGAUCAUCAAGCCCCCCCAAGAGAUCGCCGUCAAGACCAUCGCCAUGCUGGUCAUCGGAAUCUCUGGGAUAUUUUUCAACUCCAUCAUCCUUAUUAUUCUUAUUCGUAACAAAUGGCUCUGGUGUGCCAGCAACAUGCUCAUCGGCAACCUGGCGCUGGUGGACCUGGUGACGCUGCUCUUCUGCCCGUGGUUCAUGCUGGUCAGGGACUUCUACCAGAACUACGUGUUGAAGACUUUCGGCUGCCAGUUUGAGGGCUUCAUGCAAGCGUCCUUACUUCUAGCGGGCGUAGGUGCGGUGAUGCUGGUCUCCUACGACCGAAUGGCGGCAGCAGCAUUGACCUCUGAUGCAAGGGUCACCAGGUCCUUCGCACCGAAGCUGAUCUUCAUCACUUGGUUCGUUUCUAUACUCCUCUCACUUCCAUGGAUCAUCAAUAGGGAGUACACGGAGAGACAGUGGAAGAAUUUUCUCGAAAAAUACUGUGUCGAAGAUGUAAAAGUAUUGGGAAUUUACUGGCAUUUUACCUUAUCUUUCCUUGUAUGGAUUCCGCUCGGCUUGAUGGUUAUUACUUAUGGGGCAAUAAUGUGGCGUCUGGAAUGUAGUGCCCGUAAGCUGAAAGCACGUGGUGGAGGUCAAUCAGUGACCAGAGCUAAGAAGAGGGCUAUGAGGAUCACAGCGUGUGUUCUGAUGACGGCAGUCAUAUGCAGGAUCCCAUACACCGUGCUCAUCUAUUGGAGAAACCGGCUGCCUAAUGAAGUGAAUUCGGUAGAAGGCAGCUACGACGCGAUGUGGUUCGCAGCUAACUACUUGAUGUACACGAACAGUGCCAUCAACCCCCUCAUUUAUGGCUUCACCAACGUCAGGUUCAGAAAAGCCAUGGACAUCACCCCGGGAGUAAGGUUCUUCAAGUUCGGAUCUUGGUGCUGCAUUUGUACGAUAUUCAGAAAGAAACAAACGAUACCAUCGGACAGAACCACGGAGAAAGUAUUCGUGAUCGAGGGCAGCCCUCGACAGAACAAGAAGUUUGCACACGUCAUCAAGAACAUCUUCCACAUCAACAAGGAGACGCUGGACUUCAGCGUGAAGAAUGAGGACACUCCGAAACCAACCAGGAUCACGCCUGUGAAGUCCGACAUAUAGAUCGUUUCAUCCACGAAGACGCCCCACCAGUCUCCCGCUAAUGUUCGAGUGUUAUCGGUACACGCUAAAUCAUCCAUGAGUGCACACGUACACUACAAAAAUGACGCUCAGAUUGCUCAGAAUCGCUUCCUCGCGCUUCCCUCGACCAAAAUUUGGUGGGGUGCGUCUUCAUGGAUAAAACAAUUUAAAGCUUAAGUGGUGUUGCUAUGUCAGUUUCCAUUUUUAGAAUAAAAACUGUGUAAUUA